AUGUCGAGCUCAGAGAUAAACCAGGUGCUCGCAAAUUCGUUGUCGCCUGAUGCGAACCUACGAAACGCUGCCGAGCAGCAACUCACCCAAGCUGCUGAAAGCAACUUCCCCCUAUACCUCGCGACCCUCGUACAAGAGCUAGCAAACGACUCUGCCGAUGGCUCCAUCCGAGCCGCCGCCGGUAUCGCUCUCAAGAACGCCUUCACAACCAGAGAUUUUGCUCGCCACCAAGAAUUGCAAGCAAAAUGGCUGCAGCAAACAGACGACGAGACCAAGACCCGGGUCAAGGAGCUUACCCUCCAGACUCUGAGCUCCUCAAACACCCAGGCUGGCACUGCCGCGGCCCAGGUUAUUUCUUCGAUUGCUGCUAUCGAGUUACCCCGUGGCCAGUGGAACGACCUGCUACCUUAUCUCGUCAAGAAUGUGAGCGAGGGCGCCGACCACCAGAAGCAGUCUUCUUUGACCACCAUCGGCUACAUCUGCGAGAGCCAAGAUCCAGAGCUGCGCAUGGCUUUGAUAACACACUCCAAUGCCAUCUUGACUGCUGUUGUGCAGGGCGCUCGAAAGGAGGAAGCGAACAUCGAGGUUCGCCUUGCUGCCAUUACCGCCCUUGGUGACUCACUCGAAUUUGUCGGCAACAACUUCAAACAUGAAGGCGAGCGAAACUACAUUAUGCAGGUUGUGUGCGAAGCCACACAGGCCGAUGACACAAGGAUCCAACAGGGUGCCUUUGGCUGCCUCAACCGAAUUAUGGCCCUCUACUACGAGAACAUGCGAUUCUACAUGGAGAAGGCUUUAUUCGGACUCACUAUCCUUGGAAUGAAAUCCGAGGACGAGGAUGUUGCUAAGUUGGCUGUUGAAUUCUGGAGCACUGUCUGCGAAGAGGAAAUUUCCAUCGAGGAUGACAACGCUCAGGUCGAGACCUCCGAUCAGAUGCGUCCUUUCUACAACUUUGCCCGUGUCGCUUCCGGCGAGGUUGUGCCGGUUCUCCUGCAACUCCUCACCAAGCAAGACGAGGAUGCCACCGACGACGAGUACAACCUGUCCCGCGCUGCUUACCAGUGUCUCCAGCUCUAUGCCCAGGCUGUUGGCUCUGCUAUCAUCACCCCUGUGUUGUCGUUUGUGGAGGCUAACCUGCGCAAUGAGGACUGGCAUAACCGAGAUGCCGCGGUGUCCGCUUUCGGUGCCAUCAUGGAGGGUCCCGACGAGAAGGUCUUGGAUCCUAUCGUCAAGCAGGCUCUUCCUGUCCUCAUCACCAUGAUGGACGAUGAGUCUCUCCAUGUCAAGGACUCGACUGCCUACGCUCUGGGCAGAAUCACCGAGGCUUGCUCCGAGGCCAUUGACCCUCAAGCACAGCUGCCUACAUUGAUUGAGUCGCUGUUCAAGGGUCUUCUCACUAGCGCCAAGAUGGCACCUUCAUGCUGCUGGGCCUUGAUGAACUUGGCUGAGCGUUUUGCUGGUGAUUUCGGCGCUUCCUCCAACGCCAUUACUCCCCACUUCAACAAUGCCGUCACUUCUCUACUUGACGUGACCGCCCGUACAGAUGCUGACACCUCGGUCCGAACCGCUGCCUAUGAGGUUCUUAACGUUUUUGUGCAGAACGCUGCUUCUGACAGCCUGCAGGCUGUUGCCUCUCUCUCCGACGUCAUCAUUAAACGACUUGAAGAGACCGUACCUCUGCAGAACCAGGUUGUCAGUGUCGAGGACAGGAUUACCCUCGAGGAGAUGCAGAACAGUCUGUGCACCGUACUCCAAGCCAUCAUCUCUCGCCUUGACAAGGAGAUCAUUCCUCAGGGUGAUCGCAUCAUGCAGAUCCUGCUCCAGAUCCUCAACAGCGUCGGUGGAAAGUCUAGUGUUCCUGAUGCCGUCUUCGCUACCAUUAGCGCCCUAUCAACCGCCAUGGAGGAGGACUUUGUCAAGUACAUGGAUGCUUUCGCCCCCUUCCUGUACAAUGCCCUCGGAAACCAGGAGGAGCCUAGUCUCUGCUCCAUGGCUAUUGGCCUGGUAAGCGACAUUACUCGAUCUCUUGGCGAGCGCAGCCAACCUUACUGCGACAACUUUAUGAACUACCUCCUUAACAACCUCAGGAGCACCGCCCUUGCCAACCAGUUCAAGCCUGCUAUCCUCCAAUGCUUCGGUGAUAUUGCCGGUGCUAUCGGUGGCCAUUUCGAGACUUACCUGUCUGUUGUCGCCCAGGUUCUGGAGCAGGCCACAACUGUCACUGCUUCUCCUGAGGGCCCUUACGAAAUGUUCGACUAUGUUGUCUCCCUGCGUGAAGGCAUUAUGGAUGCCUGGGGUGGCAUUAUUGGUGCCAUGAAGGUCAGCCAGAAGACCCAAGCCCUCCAGCAAUACGUUCAAGCCAUUUUCCACGUCCUCAACCUCAUUGCUGGCGAUAACAACCGAAGCGAGUCGUUGAUGCGUGCUUCUAUGGGUGUUAUUGGCGACCUUGCUGAUGCUUACCCCAACGGUGAAUUGGUUGAUGCUUUCCGUCAGGAGUGGCUCACAGCUAUGAUCAAGGAGACGAAGACCAACCGGGAGUUUCAACCUAGAACCAUUGAGACUGCUCGCUGGGCCCGUGAACAGGUUAAGCGCCAGCUUGGUGGUUCUCAGGCUGUCAUGGCCAACUGA